CUAGAAGGCCUAGAGUAGUCGCGCUUAUACGACCACCGCUACCACCCAGACAACCAGGACAAGCUCCGGCACUACGACCACCGCUACCACCCAGACAACCAGGACAAGCUCCGGCACUACGACUUCUGAUACCACGCAGACAAAAUGGACAAGUGCAGAUAGGAGGACCACUGCUACCACCUAGACAAGCCCCGGCAGCACGGCUACAGCUACCACCUCCAGUACAUAGACCAUGGCCUGCAGCGCAAUUGGAGGCUGGAGCACCUAGACAAGUGCAGUAUAAUCCAUUUCUACAACAGCCCAUGGCGGAUCCAGAGGAGCGAAGAAGGAUACGAGACAUUGCCUUUAACGAGAUUCAUCAUCAUAUUGGCAUGGAGCUUCCAGGUGCAGACGAUGAGGAAGAAAUCGAUGCAGACGAUGAGGAAGACAUCGAUUCAGACGAUGAUGAAGACAUCGAUGCAGACGAUGAAGAAGACAUCGAUCCAGACGACAUCGAUAAAAUCGUGGAAAGGAGGGAAAGGAGGGAGAACUACAGACACAACCAACGAUGGGACCUACUGACAAGGCAAGUAGGUGGACGACAAGGACUACCUAUACCAGAACCUAGACCAGUAAACCAACCGCUUGCACCACUUGGUUUGGCCGCAUUCCAAAGACUUGAACAACGGCUAGAAGGGCUUGAUCGGGGUAGAGGAGCUGAACCACCACCUCCCAGGCCUAUGUUAAACCCUCCUAGAGCAGAUCCAAUAGCGCUUGGUUUGCGCAAUAGGGGCAACCCUGGACUACCUGGACAUCUGCCUCAUAGAGUAGGUGGACCACGUCCAGAUAUGGUUGGGCCUGACUUUGGUAGAGCGGCUGCACGACCGCCGAUUCCGCGUGAUUUGAUACCCCCUCGUCCGCUUUACUUAAGCCCGGGCGAUAUUGGACAACCUGAAUUUGCUGGAGCAGCACGCAGCGUCUUGGACAAAGAAGGGAAUAGUCUUGCUGGAGAACCUGGUCGGCCUCCGAGAGCAUCUGAACCAUUUUACGGAAUACAUUACCCUGAUUUGGGCAGCGCAGCAUCGGCCAGUUCAGCGGAACCACCAGCACCAGCAGUUGGACAACAGUCGUUCAGGCCUCAGGUGAAACCUCCUAAGAAUUCUUUCUUGGAUGAUCCUGGCGAACCUGGAAAGCCGAUUGUAAGUCCUACGAGACAACCGAACCCAUUUCAACAAUUUUAUCCUGAUUUCGGCAGAGCAGCAUCGGCCAGUGCCGCGGCACCAGCACCCCUAUCUCCCCCCCUCUCUCCCCCCCUAUCCCCUAUUCCUAGACCCAAUGAUUAUGAAACAUCAUCCACCUCCCCGGACGAAGAUUGGUCCGAAAAUUGGGAUGGUGUUACUGGAUAGCUCAAGUGUAUUGUUAAGCGUCAUUCUCCCUGCUAGUGUAUUGUUAAGCGUCGUUCAUCUGCGCUCGGUAAUCAGGAAAACACUUCUUUCUUGAAUUUUUUGC